UCUGAUGUGUCUUUUGUUUUCCCAGCUUGUAGGUAAAGCCAAAUACAGCCAAAAUGUCGAGCAAAUGUCGCACCAAGGGAAAGAUCACCAAGAAACGCCCUCAGCGGGCAACCUCCAAUGUCUUCGCUAUGUUCGAUCAGUCGCAGAUUCAGGAGUUUAAGGAAGCGUUCAACAUGAUCGACCAGAACCGCGACGGCUUCAUUGAUAAGGAGGAUCUUCAUGACAUGCUUGCUUCUCUUGGGAAGAACCCAAAAGAUGACUAUUUGGAGGCAAUGAUGACAGAAGCUCCUGGGCCAAUAAACUUCACAAUGUUUCUCACGAUGUUUGGAGAGAAGCUUAACGGCACAGACCCGGAGGAAGUCAUCCGUAAUGCGUUUGCCUGCUUUGACGAGGAAGGAACAGGCUUCGUUCAGGAGGACUACCUGAGAGAGCUGCUGACCACUAUGGGUGAUCGAUUCACAGACGAAGAUGUCGAUGAGCUCUUCAGAGAAGCGCCGAUCGAUAAAAAGAGCAACUUCAACUAUGUGGAGUUCACCCGUAUUCUUAAACACGGAGCCAAAGACAAAGACGAUUAGACACCAUUUCCUUUUUAAAAAUCCCCCUUUAGGCGAGAGAAAUCAGUGCUGUCCGUUCACCUGGAUCCCUAUGAGAAUGCAACUUUAGCUUUAAUAAUAUGAAAAUUACGUGUUUACUCUGUUUAACUUCACUGGAAUAAGACAUCGUGUUUUGAAUGGGUUAUAUGAUACAGAAUCACAAAGUCACUCUGUUAAAAUGCAAGAUUUAACCAUGCACUUUUUCUUUUUUUUGAGGUGUUUAACUUUUUUUUUCUUAGGUUUGCGUGCCAGUGUUUUGUUUUAUGCCAACUGGAACAAAUUCCACUUGAUUUCAUCACACCUCACUGUUAACUGGUGAAAGUAUUUUAUUAGUACAGGGCUCAUGGAUCAUGUUUUCUUAUAUUUUGAGCAUGUCUGAGGUUUUUAUAGUGGUAUCUUUAAAGUACAUAGAUAGUCGCACGCAGUAAGUUGUCUCUCAGACGUCUAAGACGAGUCUCAUUUUUGUUGAUUCAGACGGUAAAAAAUGUGAACGUGUUGAUAUAUUUAGAUGCAUUUGAUCUCAUUUGAUUUCGUUGCCUAAUUUUUACAUUAUAUAAUAUUAAUUAUUUUGAAUAAAUCUAGCAUUAAAACA